CUCGGGCGCGCGCACGUCCAUCACCAGCUGCUUCCCGGCGCACCUCCUCGCCUUCUAAUUUAGAUCGGUGGCGGCAGGUUUGUUCGCGUCUUCAUCUAAAGCUUCCCUUCAGAGGGCUUUUACUUUUAUCAUUUUUUAAAAGUAAAAGUGACCCUCCCUUCUCUAUAUUUGAAUAAGACUGGCUGGCGUUCACAGCGCUUACUAUCUAAGCAUGCACAAGCUUGAAUUAACUUAUAUGAAUUCAUUUAGCCCUCACAACGAACCUAGAGAUGGAGUCUCACCCUGUCGCCCAGGCUGGAGAGCAGUGGCGUGAUCUCGGCUCACUGCAACCUCCGCCUCCCAGGUCCAAGCAAUUCUUCUGCCUCAGCCUCCCAAGUAGCUGGGAUUACAGUUUAUUAUGAGCAAAUGAAGUCACUAAGUCCAGUACAUACUCGACAAGAGGGAAUACACAAGAGUGAGAAUACCAGGAGGAAGAAAUCACUGGGAGUCAUCUUGAAGGCUGGCUAGCAAUCACAGUUUGCCCUCUGACUACCAAUUCUUCAUGCCAUUUUAACGUGCUGACCACACUCCCCUCUAUCCAAGGUCCCCAAAAGUUACAUUUUUUAAAAUCUCAUGUAGUUUUAGGUAUUACUAUCCUAUUGUCACAUCAGCUUUAAGUCUAGAAUUUUGUCUUCUCAAUAAGAUCAGAUGUAGAUGAGGCUUUCUGAGCUUAGUUCCUUAAAUUCAGCUCCUAGAGUACAAUUCUUCUUGAUCUGUAGACUUUUGAAACUAAGGAGACAAGUUCUCUGCCCCCAUGCCUCGAAUAUACAGUUGUGGGGCUGGCACAGGAUAAUCACUACAGACCUGUUCUGCUCCACUACCACUAGAUAGCCACUGCCACUCCUGUUCAAAAAGGGGGAAAUUGGAAGUACAAACAAGUUGCCAGCCCACAGUAAAUCUGCCAUCCAGUCUCAAGGUCUAGGACUCCAUGACUCCCAGUUCCACCAUCUGGGCUCCUGGUUUCAUGCCCUGAGUUAUACUUCCUUUUUCGUGAAAUGUAGCAUGUGUUUACCAAUGAGUCUUUUUCUCAGUCUGAUUCCUGCUUGUAGAAGUUUGGGGAGAGGGGAUCCAAAGGCCUGUUCCUUUCAGUCCAAUCUGCAAUGUUUGUGUGAAUAUAAUUAUCUUUAAAAAACUUUAUAGGUCUCCUGUGAAUCUCAUCGGGGUUCACUCCGUUAGACAAAAGUGCUACCUACAGAUCCCUUUGAGAUAAGUCCAUCUCUAUCUUGGGCUUCUGCUAAUACUGACGAACAAGCCUUAAGCCUUCUGGAGGCCUUGUGGUUUGACUGAUGGACUCUGUGAGCCACACCAUUAAUCUCUUUAAGGAGCUGUUAGUCUAACUGAAUGGUAUCCUGAGGCACCGUCUUUGCUUUUUUUUGAGAUUUUAAAGGAUUUAACCGUCACAUCUCAACUUCAUCUUUGUUUUUUUCUGGCAGUACCCUGGAUUUGAUAUUUGCUUGGAAACUAUUACUAUUUCUUAGUUUUACGCCAUUUGCAAUCAGACGAAGCUGAGGACUUUAAAAAUCAUCCAAAGUCGUCAAGGUCCAUCCCUUUUGUGUUUCGUCUUGCUUAUCUCAUUUAUUUUACUAUAAACAGCAAAAAGAAAUGAAGGACAGGAAGGAGACGUUCAUGGGUGCUGGACAUGUCCUACCUGUUGGUCUGGAUAGAAGAUGCAUGGUUGUAUGGAUGUGUACAGAGUCAUCAAUGUGCACACUUAAAAUAUAUGCACUGUAUUGUAUUCCUGCUAUACCUUCGCUUAAAAAAGAAAAAAAAGGUUGAAUGUGAGUUCGGGCGUGAGAAAACCGCAGCGCGCAUGCGUGAGCGUGGACUCGCAUGCGUGAGCGUGAACGCUCUGGGAGGCCGGAAACAAAGGUGGAUGCGCGUGAACAGACGCCCUCGCAGGCCGCCGGAAGCAAAGGCGUGAGCGCGCGUGCGUGCGUGUGCGGAUGCGUGAGCGCGCGGAGGCCGGAAGCGAGCACUGCGCAGUCGGGUGGUCGCGGGCCAUGGAGGGUAGCUUUUCGGAUGGCGGAGCUCUGCCGGAGGGGCUGGCGGAAGAGGCCGAGCCGCAGGGCGCCGCCUGGAGCGGGGACAGUGGCACUGUUUCCCAGAGCCACAGCAGCACCUCGGGGCCGUGGGAGGACGAGGGCGCGGAGGACGGCGCGCCGGGCCGCGACCUACCGCUGCUUCGCCGCGCCGCUGCGGGCUACGCCGCCUGCCUGCUGCCUGGGGCCGGGGCGCGGCCCGAGGUCGAGGCCCUGGACGCGAGCCUAGAGGACCUGCUUACUAGAGUGGACGAGUUCGUGGGCAUGCUGGACAUGCUUCGCGGCGACUCGUCCCACGUCGUCAGCGAGGGCGUGCCGCGCAUCCACGCGAAGGCCGCCGAGAUGCGGCGCAUCUACAGCAGGAUCGACCGGCUGGAGGCCUUCGUGAGGAUGGUGGGGGGCCGCGUGGCCAGGAUGGAGGAGCAGGUCACCAAGGCCGAGGCCGAGCUGGGCACCUUCCCCAGGGCGUUCAAGAAGCUCCUGCACACGAUGAACGUGCCCUCGCUCUUUAGCAAGUCUGCUCCCUCGAGGCCACAGCAAGCCGGCUACGAAGCCCCCGUCCUGUUUCGGACCGAAGACUACUUCCCUUGUUGCAGUGAAAGGCCUCAGCUCUGACGGCCUGACCACUGCGGCAAGAGGACCCCAGCUGGGGUGCUUACCUCCAGUAUGAAGUGAAUUGCAAAUCCUGCUCAUGGACAUAUAUGAUGUUGAAGUGUGGGAUUUUAAAGUUUACUUUCUACAAACUCUCCGUAGUAUAUUCAUGAUUCAGUGUAGAAUGUAUAGACUUUAUGUCUUCCAAUUUUAAAAAAAGAGACAGGGUCUUGGUAUGUUGCCCAGACUGUUCGGAAACUCCUGGGCUCAAGUGAUCCUUCCACCUCAGCCUCCCCAGUAGCUGGGACUACGGGGUCGCCACUGCACCCAGCCUGUGUCUUCCAGCUCUAAUCAGAAAGCUGCUUGGCGAGGGCAUGGGGAAUCAAACUGAAUGAACUUUUCUCUGCACUAUGGCAAAACUGUUAUUUUUAUGGAUUUUACUAAAUGGUGUUACCUUUUCAAGGUUUAUAUGUUUGUAUAAUCAUAAGAAAAUUGAGCCAUUAAAGCCUUGUUAUUAUUGAA